AUAGCGACAAAUAUUCAAACUUUAGCGACAUAUUGACCCCUGUCGGUAUUGCCUCCUUUUUUUGUAGUGCACGUACCAGAAAACCUUGGCGCGCGCUAAGUUCUUGUCCUCAGAGGAGUUUGAUGAUGCUUCCGACUCUGAGGCCGGGCUGGCCAAGCGAGCUCCCGUGGACUCGGGAGAGGUCGCGAAGAAAAGAAAGAAGAAAAAGGACUACACCGCGGGCCCCAGGAUGCAGUCGACUAGAGCAUACUCCGUGGGGGCGCUCGUGGGGACGGGUCGAGAGCUGGCCCUCUCCCUGCUCCCUCACAUGGAGACCUACGCGGUGUCCGGCGGUAGCAAGUAUUGUGAAUACUACCGCAACAACACACAUAAGACCAAGGAAUGCUUCACUCUUCAGAAGGAGAUGCAACGACUAAUCGCCCGAGGGCCGACUCCGCGAGAUGAACUGGACGACAAAGCCCAAGGAUACCUGGUGGGGUUCAUCCACAAAGGAAGAACUUGGAGGAAGUCGACUGAGCCGGUUGCGAUGACCUGGACGACAAAGCCCAAGGAUACCUGGUGGGGUUCAUCCACGGGGGGAAUAUCGGCGGAGACUCUGUCGCUCAAAAGAAGAAAUGGAAACACAAGGCCUUCGUCGCCAAAGUCCACCAGGCACCGGUGCCCAAGCUCGGGAGAAGAGAGCAGAUCCAAUUCACGGAGAAAGACCUUCCCAACACGCCGAGCCCCCAUCGAGAUGCCCUGGUCGUGCAGAGACCUAUGGCCGGUGCGCACUCCCCUAUCCGGGUUCACGAGAGACUCCAUCGAGGCCGAAGGAGUCAUCACUGUGCAAGUGAUAGUAGGGGAUGGUGAGCACAAGGCCAAGCUGAAGAUGGAGUUCAUGGUUGUAAGCAUCAACUGCGCGCACAACAUGAUCCUAGGACGGCCCGGCCUUGAGGACCUGGAGUGCGUGAUCUCCCCGGGGAUCGGGGUGGCUAGGGGAGAUCGGAGGCUAGCCUGCUCGUGCUAUGUCCGGAUCACAAAGAAGCUAUCUAGGGAUGAGACGUUAGUCGUGCAUGCUCAGGAGGAAAUGAGGAAGCAGGAGAUGCGGCCGAAGGCCGAGCCCGCCGAAGAGGUCGAAGAGGUGCAGCUCGACCCUCAGAUACCCGAGCAGAAGGUGAAGAUAGGGGGGAGCCUAACUGGAAACCUGCGGAAGCACUUGGUGGCUGUGCUCACCACGUUCGGCGCGAUCUUCAAAUGGGGACCCGAGGAUUUGCCAGGAGUGGAUCCCAAGGUUAUAUGCCAUCGGUUGGCGGUCAACCCGGAGUCCAGGCCAGUGAGGCAGAAGAAGCGCUUCCUCUCCAAGUACCAUCAAAUCAGGAUGCACCCCGAGGACGAAGAGAAGCUCUUCGCCCCUGUCCUCGGAAGGAGCAUGGAAGCAUACGUGGACGACAUGAUUGUAAAGAGUAAGAAGGCGACCACCCACGCGAAGAACUUUGAGGGAGUUUUCAAGAUCAUGGAGAGGUUCAACCUUCGGUUGAAUCCGAAGAAGUGCACAUUUGGAGUUCAGGGCGGCAAGUUCUUGGGACACAUGGUGAGCUGGGGUAGUAUUGAGCCCAACCCCGAGAAGGUGCUCGCCAUCCUUGACAUGGAAGCUCCACGAAACGUCAAGGAGGUGCAGCGCCUUACCGGGAAGUUGGCGGUGCUCAGCCGCUUCCUCUCCAAGGUGGCAGACCGAGCCGCUCCGUUCUUCCAAGCCAUGAAGAAGGCCCGGGGGUUCGUAUGGACUCAGCAAUCCUUCGAGUCUCUCAAGUCCUACCUCUUUUCUCCUCUGGUCCUCGCGAAACCCGAAGUCGGGGAAACCUUAUUUCUAUACUUGGGGGUGUCGCCUAAGGCACUAAGAUCGUUCCUCGUGCAGGAAGAGGGUGGAGCCCAGCACCCGGUGUACUACACGGCGAAGACGUUGAGGGGGAGCUCAGUGCCCGAGAAGACGGUUUUGGUUGUGGUUUCAACCGUGCAGCGACUAACUCCAUACUUCCAAGCUCCCCCGGUCCAGGUACUUUCCCAGCAACCCAUAGGCGCGCUGCUGAGAAGCCCGAACGCGCCCUUUCGGAUGUCUAAGUGGGCGGUGUUCCUUGGGUCCUUCCAAAUUCAGUUCAAGCCAAGACCGGCGAUCAAGGGGCAAGCGAUGGCAGACUUCGUGGUGGAGUGCAUCGCUCGGGAGGAGCCGAGCUCAGAACCACCCGAAGUUGAUUGGGGGGUAGACCUCGUAGGUGCUCUCCCUGGAGGUACUGGGAACGUGAGGUACGUCAUAGUGGCAAUCGACUACUUCACUAAAUGGGUGGAGGCAACCCCAUUGGCGAGCAUAACGGGAGCCCAGUGCCAGAAGUUCCUCGCCAAGCAAGUCAUCUGCCGCUUUGAUAUCCCCGAGCAUGUGAUCACGGACAAUGGGACGCAAUUUGAGUCCAAGCCCUUUAACAGCUUCCUUGAGAGUUGGAGGAUCAAACAGAGCUAUGCAUCGGUCGGAUACUCGCAGACGAAUGGGCAGGUUGAGAACGCCAAUCGGACGAUCAUAAAUGGAUUGAAGCGGAAGCUGGAAGCAUGCGGAGGGGAGUGGGCGGAGGAGCUGCCCUACAUCUUGUGGACCUACCAGACCACGCCCCGGAAGGCAACCAGGGAGACUCCUUUCGCUCUAUGCUACGGUUUCGAGGUAAGGGCACCCGCAGAGAUCUCCGUCGCAACUCAUCGCGAGGAGAUCUUCGAUCCCGAGCGCAAUGAAGAAGCUUUGGAGGCCGAGCUCCAUCUCGUGCAUGAAAGGCGUGAAGCGGCCUUCAUACGAGCCGAGAACUACCAGAGAAAGGUGAAGGGUUAUCAUGAUGGAUGGGUCCGCACGCGCGGCUUUGUUGAAGGAGACUGGGUGCUGCGCAAGAGGACGGUGAGCCGCCUCCCCCUCGAAGGUGGGAAGUUUGCUAAAAAUUACGAAGGCCCCUAUAUAAUCAGAGAAGUGGUGGGACCUUCGACGUUCCGGCUGAAGACACCAGCGGAGGAGACACAUAACAUGGAACGCUGAGAACCUUGUUAAAAUUUAUCAGUGAAUCUUUGUUGUACUCGGACCCGAUGAGGGAACCCGUAAAUCCUUUGGUUGAACUCAAUGAAAUGAAUUUCUUCCAAAGUA